UUGGACUGCGCGGAUGUGGCGUUCCGCCGGGCCGUUUUGUUUGUAACUAUUUGGUUAUCGUGCUGUCCUCGCAUCCUGCUCAUCAUCGCUGAGCGCACAACACAGUCAACGUAGUCAAUUCCAGCAAAACACCGACAUGCCUCCCAAGAAAUCCAAGGCACCAAAGGAAGAAAAUACCGUCUCUCUCGGCCCUCAAGUUGCUGAAGGAGAGCUCGUCUUUGGAGUGGCACACAUUUACGCGUCGUUCAAUGACACCUUCGUCCAUGUAACCGAUUUGUCCGGCAAGGAAACGAUCUCCCGUGUCACUGGUGGUAUGAAGGUCAAGGCAGACCGUGACGAGUCAUCGCCUUACGCUGCCAUGUUGGCUGCUCAAGACGUCGCAGCUCGUUGCCGUGAAGUCGGUAUCACCGCUCUGCACAUUAAGUUGCGCGCUACUGGCGGUACUGGAACGAAGACACCGGGCCCUGGUGCACAGAGCGCUCUGCGUGCUCUUGCCCGUGCCGGAAUGCGUAUUGGUAGAAUAGAAGAUGUUACUCCCAUCCCGACCGACUCCACAAGGAGAAAGGGUGGUCGUCGUGGUCGUCGCCUGUGAUUUCGUUUUCCAUGUCUAUAUUCCACACGUGGAUGCCACGAGAAAAACAGUCAUUUUGCAUGUUACUGCAGCAUGUACUUAGGUCUCUUCUGUCAAAUGGCAAUGGUCGCUGUUCAACGCGCAUCAGGUGUUUCUGUUUGUAACAGACGCCUGCCCCGUGGUUGAACUUGUUCGUAUCUUAUCCAUGUAUUUUUGCAUGAGAAACUCUGCCAGGAUCGGCUUCAGG